AUGGAGCAGGUAAUUUUGUCGAUUCCAGAGAAUAUGCGGGUGUUAACAAUCGAGCAGGCUCUGAAAGAGAUACGAACAGAAUUGGGUGGCGAGGAUAUCAUCUCCACGGAUCCGGACGACUUGCAAGCCCAUGGUUAUUCAGAGUGGUCGUCAACGAAUCCUGACGGCCUUCCCGUGGCAGUGGCAUAUCCCCGAACGACAGACCAGGUGUCAACCAUUGCUCGUAUUUGCUAUAAGCACAAUGUUCCCAUCAUCCCCUAUUCGGGUGGUUCUAGCUUGGAAGGUAACUUCUCAGCGCCAUACGGCGGAAUCAGCGUCGACUUUGCUUUUAUGGACCAAAUCCUCUCUUUCAAUAAGGAGGACAUGGACAUAGUUGUGCAGCCUAGUAUCGGAUGGCAAGACCUGAACGAGAAGCUGGCAAAGAUGGAGAGCGGUCUGUUCUUUCCCAUCGACCCAGGACCAAGCGCAAAGAUAGGCGGAAUGAUUGGCACCAACUGUUCGGGCACCAAUGCCGUCAGGUACGGUACCAUGAAGGAUUGGGUGAUCAACCUGACGGUUGUGUUGUCUGACGGUACCGUUGUGAAGACCAGAAGGAGGCCACGCAAGUCUUCGGCUGGGUACAACUUGAAUGGGCUGUUCGUUGGAUCUGAGGGAACACUUGCAACUCUCAAACUCACCGUCGUCCCCGAGGACUUCUCUGUUGCAGUUGUGACGUUCCCGAGUAUUCGAGACGCUGCAGCCGCUGCAGCCGAGGUGAUGCGAAACGGCAUUCCCGUAGCUGCCAUGGAGAUUAUGGACGAGGUCCAGAUGAAGGUUGUCAACUUGGGUGGUGCAACAGCCCCGCGAGUGUGGCAGGAGCUUCCGACUCUUUUCUUCAAAUUCUCCGGCACCAAGGCUGGCGUCAGGGAGAAUAUUGGUCUCGUCCAGAACAUAACCAAGAAUCAUAAGGGCGGAAACUUCGAGUUCGCUAAGGAUGCGCGUGAGCAAAAGCUUUUGUGGUCUGCCAGGAAAGAGUCGCUCUGGUCAAUGCUGGCGCUUCGUAAGGAGGGCGAGGAAGUUUGGAGCACGGAUGUCGCAGUGCCUUUCAGCCGGUUGGCCGACCUCAUCGAGGUCAGCAAGAAGGAGAUGGACGACAUGGGUCUGUUUGCCAGUAUUCUUGGCCACAUUGGCGAUGGCAACUUCCAUGAGAGUAUCAUUUAUAACCGAACGAUUCCUGAGGAGAGAGAAAAGGUCGAGAAGUGCGUCAAGAACAUGGUGAAGCGCGCCAUCGAUAUGGAGGGAACGUGUACCGGAGAACACUCGAUUGGAUGGGGCAAGAAGGAGUCGCUUCUCCUUGAAGUCGGACCCGAUACGCUCGACGUGAUGAAGUCGAUCAAGCGUGCGCUCGACCCGAAGUGGAUCUUGAACCCGGGAAAGAUCAUGGAUAUUCCGGAGGGAUCGAAGACAAUCUGA